CUCAUUAGGUUUCCAGAACUUCACUUGAUCACACUCACUUCCAGCAGCUUCACAAGCUACUUCCGGUUAGCCACCCGACUGAGAUACCAUGGAGGGUGGAGAAGGUUCCGGCGGCGGCGAUCAGACCAAGUACCGCGGCGUGCGUCGUCGGCCCUGGGGCAAGUUCGCGGCCGAGAUCCGCGACUCGAGCCGCCACGGCGUCCGCGUGUGGCUCGGCACCUUCGACACUGCAGAGGAGGCCGCCGCGGCCUACGACCGCUCCGCCUACUCCAUGCGCGGGAGCAACGCAGUCCUCAACUUCCCCGACCGGGCGCACGUCUACGAGGCCGAGGCCAGGCGCGGCGGCGGUUCUUCGGGAGGUGGCGGUGCCGGUGCAGGUUCGUCUUCGUCGACGGCGAGGCAGGGACAAAGCAGGCAGGUGAUCGAGUUCGAGUACUUGGACGACGACGUGCUGCAGGGGAUGCUCCACGACCACGACAAAUCCAGCAAGAACAAGUAGAGAUCCUUUCGACCGAGCAUCCAACUUAUUACAUGCGCGCAUCGGGAAUGCAAUCGCGCGUAAGUAUGCAUUCCAUGCUAGGUAUACGUGUGCCGUAUAUAUGUGUGUACGAGAAGGGUAUUGUAUGCUUGCUCCGUAGGCGCGCGCUCAUCUAAUGAUCGACCG